GUAUUUUUAUAACACUUUUUAUUUAUUUUAAAAAUGGCCUCAAAAGAAGAAUUAGUUCAAAUCGCCACAAACUUUUUAUUAAAUGCACCACCAUGUGAAUUUAUGGAAGUCGUUUCAGAUGUUCGUGCUCUUCUCCCAAAUGAAUCAUUAUUAAAUGCUACAGCUGCCGAUACUUUCAGAGAAUAUAACACUACUCAAAUGAUUUCAGUCAGCACCUCAAAAGGUCAAACUUUAAUUACCAAAGAAGGUGAAGUUAGUGCAAACGAAUAUUUAGACCCAAAGAAUAAACAAGUUGUUUCAUUUGAUCAUAUUAAACAAGCUGUUACUGGUGAACGUUCAGCUUCAGGUGAAAUCGAACAAGAUAUCGAAUCAAUUAGAUCUGCUUUUGAAGAAGAAGCUGUUAAAUAUUGCAAUGAAUUCUAUCCAAAUGGUGUUUGUGCUGUUUAUGGUAACAAAGUCUCAGAAGGUACUAGAAUCACUAUUUGCAUUUCAGCUGCUUUAUACAAUCCAAACAACUAUUACUCUGGUCGUUGGAGAAGCACCUGGGUUUGCACCAUUGCAGGUUCAAAUGUUACAUCAAACGGUAAAAUUCAAAUUAAUGUUCACUAUUAUGAAGAUGGUAAUGUUCAAUUAAAUACCAUUACCCAAAAAUCAUGCACUUCUGCUGCUGGUGAUGCCAAAUCAACUGCUGUUAAUGCCUUAAAAGCUAUUGGUAAAGUUGAACUUAACCUCCAUUCCUCAAUUGAUACCAGUUAUUCAACCAUGGGUGAUACCACCUUCAAAGCUCUUAGACGUGCUCUUCCAAUCAAUCGUUCUAAGAUUAACUGGCAAAAAGUUAGAGGUUUCAAAGUUGGUGCUGAACUCAACCAAGCCAAAUAAAAUUAAUAUUAAUCCAUAUCAACAACAUCAAAAGUUAACCCAAUUUUAUCUCUAGAAAAACCUUUUAUAAAAAUCAAUCAAAAAAAAAAAAAAUAGUAGUAGUGCACUACACCCACACAACCAAUAUAUUUAAUAAAAUCAAAACAAUGUUACUAUAUUAAUAAAAUAAAAUAAAAGAAAAUAAUUUUUUUUUUUUAAAAAAAAAACAAAAAAUAUUUCAUCUAUAUUUAUCAC